GUCAUCCUCCUUGUAUCAUGGCGGCGCCCGCAGGAGGCAGCGAGGAGCGGUCAACAGCAGGACAGCAGAAUGAGUAUUUACAGUACAGUGUUAUUUUGGAGCACCUUAUUGGGAACAAGAGGCAAAUUAAAGAGCUGAACCCGAGCGUAAUGGGGGGCUUACCGAGCCCCCAGAAAACGGAGGAGCAGAAGCUGAUAGAGCGCGGAAUGGAGAGCUGCGCCUUUAAAGCAGCACUGGCCUGCAUAGGAGGUUUUGUGUUGGGAGGUGCUUUUGGAGUCUUCACAGCAGGUAUUGACACCAAUGUUGGGUUUGAUCCCAAAGACCCACUGAAGACUCCCACAGCGAGAGAGGUUUUGAGAGACAUGGGUCAGAGAGGAAUGUCUUAUGCCAAAAAUUUUGCCAUUGUUGGUGCUAUGUUCUCAUGUACAGAGUGCAUCAUAGAAUCACACCGUGGUAAAUCUGACUGGAAAAAUGCAGUAUACAGUGGCUGUAUCACGGGAGGUGCGAUUGGAUUCAGAGCUGGCUUGAAGGCUGGAAUUCUGGGCUGUGGAGGUUUUGCUGCUUUUUCUGCUGCCAUUGAGUACUACCUACGAUGAACAUCAGCUUCACGACCUCCUGAGUCAGAUGGGUUACCAGUCUUUUGGGACGCACAACAGACAAGAACGGACACUGAAUAUAGGACUUUUAUUUUGGCAGGCUUUACUUGCUUGUCAAAUGAUUUGGACUUGUUCUCAUGGGGAACUAAUUUUCCAAUGCAGUUUCCGUGGUGGACCAGUUGGACAAGUGUACAAUGUAUUUUUACGAGUGUGGACAUGUCCUAUGUGUAAGGGUCAGUAUAGGCUGUUCUUUGCUGAAGUAAAUGUGAAACACAAGUCAUGUAAUAACUUGCAUCAUGGUUGCUAUGCAAGCAAGUAAAGUGAGUAAAAGUGUAUUAAUAUAAGAUAAAUAAGAGCUCUCUCACAAAGGUGCAAGGCAUCAUUAUGAUUUAUCCUGUCAAUGUAUGUGUCAUGAUGAGAGGAAGAUGAGAGCAAAUGUUCAUAAAGGAUUUUUUUGGUCCUUGAAUAGAAUCCUACAGCUUAUAAAUAAAAUAUUUAAAAAGUC